GGUUGUCAAUUGUAGUCAAAAUUCAAAACAAAGUAUUGAAUUAAGGUUAGGAUUAGUGACUACAAUGUAUUACUUUUAAAAAUUACAUUUAAAACAAAGUGGUAUAUUAUUGUGUAACUUUUAUUUCAAUAUAAUAACGGUACAUAGACUAGAAUUAUGGCAUCGCGUUGUUUUCAUCUGAUAAAAAAUAUUACUCAGUGUAGCACUUUUUCAAUGAAGUUAGUUCGUCAUAAUUUCUCUUCAGUUAAUAUUCCUGCAGGAAUCUUUAAUGGACAGCAAAGAAAAGGCAAAGAGUAUAAAACUGAGAAUAAUUUAACCUACUUGGAAGAUCCUGAUACGUUUGGAACCCUUUCAAGUUUGCCAUCUGCAAGAACAAAUGUUUUAGAAGACGAGGGUGACAUCCAGGAAGAGAAUUUUUGGAAAAAUCGCCCUUUAAAAUCACAAAAGCUAACAAUUAAACAAUAUGCAGAUAUAAUCAAACAAUAUUUAAAACACAAGAGAUUAAAAGAGGCAAUUGAUAUUUUAGAAAUAAGAAUGCUGAAAGAAGAUUUAGUUAAGCCUGAAAAUUAUAUUUACAACAUAUUAAUAGGUGCCUGUGCAGAUGUUGGCUAUACUAAGAAAGCUUUUAAAUUAUAUAAUGAUAUGAAAAAAAGGUCUCUGAAACCAACAGGAGACACAUAUACCUGUUUAUUUGAAGCUUGUAUUAAUAGUCCUUACAAAGAAAAUGGUCUCAAACAUGCAACACAUCUUAGAAAUGUUAUGAUAGAAAAAGGAAUUCAACCUAAUCUAACAAAUUAUAAUGUUAUGAUAAAGGCUUUUGGUAGAUGUGGUGACUUACCAAUGGCCUUCAAAAUAGUUGAUGAAAUGAUCUCUAAAGGUAUAAAAAUUAGAGUCCAUACAUUCAAUCAUCUUUUGCAUGCAUGUAUUUCAGAUCAACAUUCUGGAUUAAGACAUGCCCUUGUUGUAUGGAGGAAAAUGUUGAAAUUGAGGGAAAAGCCAAACAUAUACUCUUUUAACCUUAUGCUUAAAUGUGUAAAAGAUUGCAACUUAGGUAGUAAAGAAGACAUACAACAAAUGUUAGGUGCAAUUCAAGAAAAUACAAUUUUAAAUAAUAUUGAAUUGAACAAGAGUUUAUAUCUUGAAGAAUCAAAGGAAAUGAAAUUGUUACCACAAUAUACUUCAAUUAAUGAUGGACCAAAAAUAAAUCUACACAAAGAAAACUUGAAAUCAAACUCUAACUGUUCUCCACAAUUUGAAAUUCAGAAAGGUGUAUCUCCAAAAGACAUUACCAUGCAGAAUGAUGAUGAAGUUUCUUUAACUUUUGUUGACAACAGGAAUUUACCAUCAAUACCUAAACAAAAAGUGCCAAAUCUACUUUCAAGAACAUUGAAUUUAGGACAAGUAUAUGAUCUCCAAGAAGUACACACAGUCCAAGAUAAAUUUGCUAUUGUGGGUGGGCUAGAUGACUUCCUGCAGCAAAUGGAGUCCUAUUCAGUUACACCAGAUAUCAAAACUUUUACCCAAAUCCUGUCUGUUAUGGAUGAUAACACAGAAGCAGAGAUUAAAUUGUUAGAAACCAUGAAAUCUAAGAAUAUUAAAGUUGACAUAGCAUUCUUUAACAUGUUAAUUAAAAAAAGAUGCCUAAGAUCCGAUUACAAAUCUGCUUUUGAUGUUAAAGAGAUGAUUGAAAAUGAAUCUGCAAAACAUAAAAAACACCCAUUCAAUAAGAAACAUAAAAUAAAGCUAAAUAUUUUGACAUAUGGUACUCUUGCUAUGGCCUGCAACACUAAGGAGCUUGGUGAAAAAUUAUUAAAUGAGAUGAAGGAAAAGCAGUUGAAAGUCAACAUAACUAUAUUGGGAACACUGCUUAGACAUGGAACAGCUCAUAUGCAAUUUGGAUAUAUUUUAUAUAUACUAGAGGUGGUCAAACAAGAAAAUUUGAAUGUAAAUGAUAUAUUUUUAAAACAUUUAGAAUCAUUCAAUGAGAGGUGUGAAAAAAUUAUUGAGAAGUGCAAAGAAGGACAAAAGGAUAGCACCUUUAUUUUAGCUUUUAAUAGGUAUAAUAAUAUUUAUAAUAAGUGGUUGACAAAUGUUAAUAUUGAAGAAGUUACAAAACCAGAAGACCCUUGGCAACAAUUUAAGGAAUCAUAUCCUAAACCUAUACAAAAUGAAAACAUUAAUAUUAUUCAACCUAAAAAGUUUUACAAAAGAAAUCGUAAAUAUGUACCAUAUUCACCAAAGAUAUAAAAUAAAAGUCUCUCAAUGAGUUCCUUGUUUAUUAUUUUU